CUUUAAUAGUCUAUCUUAUAUAUAGGAAUGAUUUACAAUAAUAAAUGGUAACUUCCCUACGAAUCUAUGUCAGUAAUAAGCUCUUCCAUGUUCAGAAUAGGUUCUUCUGUUUUGAAUACAAUGACCACAAGAAAUCCAUCUACACGACUAAGUUUUAUCUCGAUAGAACAAUGAGAAGACGGAGUUGAUCUGAAAAAUGUGAUGUAUUAACACUAUACAUUUUGAACAAUCUGGUUCAUCGAUAGCAAAACAUAUAAUUGAGACGGCGCACAAAAUUAACAUUAAUACAGCAUUUAGAAUGUUGUAUAGAAAGUGUCAAGGACGAAUUCUCAAGUUUAUUGAAGCCUUACCUAUUCGUAAAGUUAGACCCCUCCUAUGCCUAGAGAAGCAAUUUGUCGUAACCUUGAAUUUACCUUGGUAAUCCUUAAGUCAUUCUAUGGCCUAGGAUAACGAGACAAUUUCUUAUUCUUUCUCUUCCCUUAGUUAUUUUACUUGAACUUUCAUUUAAUUGACCUUUAUUAAUUUUCAUAUAAAAAUGCCUUGAUAAGUAUAUCUGUGUGAUCAGAUUGUUCGAAAUGUAUACCCGCAAAUACAUCCCAUUUUUCAGAUCAACUCCAUCUUCUCAUUGUUCUAUCGAAAUUUAUAAAAGGGACUAAUUGCUUCAAGUUUUAUCCUUCUUACAGGGUAGUGAACAAGAACGAAAGUGGCGACGGUUGAAUGUACGUGUUCAUACCCUUACAAAGCAUUUCACUAAAAUUAGAGAACCAUACAUUACAUAGUUAAUUUGCAAAAUAUCAAUCCAUCGUAUCAAAUUUGACUGUUCCUUCUGUAAAUAUCAGUCCAUUGUCUCAGAUUUUAUUGUUCAUGCAUUUUCCUACCAAUUUCGUAUCGCUUCUGUUCUUUCCUUAUGGAUCUUCUACUGAAAUACAUUCUAUGCCUGAUCACCGUUAUAUACUACUUAUGUGGAUAUAAGUAACCCACACCUCACUCAUCCCUUCUUUAAAACAUUCAUUCUUGUGAUGGUUCUGCUCGCCGUGCCACUUUCUUCUUCUUUAAAAUCUGUGUCACACCCUCCGUCAAAAUGUCGAGUCUGAGGCACGCUGACCUCCAUAGUUCCGUCGACCUGCAGGAGCACCAUCAUCUGAUAUCCUCCCGGAAUCAGUUUACAACUACUUUAGCAUUUUAUCCAACGUUUAAGUAUGAACUGUACUAAGGUGAUCUAUGUAAUAUCAAUGGCAGUUAAUGACUUCAUGUUGAUAUCCCAAUAUAUCUGUAGGCUUUCCAGGUGUCAAUAUGCACGAUUAUGUUUGGAUGAACAUAAUUUUUGAUUAUAGGAAUAAGGAUAAAUCUCUUACCCUAUUCCACUUUUUAAAAUAGUGGUCCAACUCACUUUCAACUUUCCUCUUUUGUAAUAUUUACCUUCUACAGAUACUCAACUAUAGUAGCUUGAUUAAAAUGUCUCAUCAAUCAACUUACAGUAAACCUUUUGUCAAUAUUAGACUUUGGUUUAUAUUCUAUUUGAAUAAGAGUUUGAAAUAUCGAUAUCAAUCAUGAUUGUUUCGAGUAGUAUAGAUUGAUUUAAUUGAAAAUUCCUCAGAGAAUUAAUAUAUUAUAUAUAUAUACACAUUCGGGCUCGUGAGCACCUACCCGUAUGGUUAAGCAAAGGUGUUGUCAAAACUGUUGACAGCUCCAUCUUAGACCAUUUAGUCCAAACAGGACAUACAGACAACAUGGAGCAAUCUUUUGCAAUAGUCUAUCGUGUCAACAGCAGUCUACCUUAUUCCGUCAGACUGAGAAUCCUACAGACGGCUGAAGCAAUGGCUAUUCGAAUCAAAAAGCUAGAGCUUUGUAUUCAAAAAAAGUAUGUUCAGCCACUCCUUUUACCCUGGCCAACUAGCUAAUAAUCAAUCUUAUAAUGGGGUGACGUAAUCUGGUUGAUGUUCAUUUUUUAGGUCCCAAACUUAUUAUUAUUAUUACUAUUAUUGUCUUUACACUUGAUAACCCCCAUUUUUGAGGAAUUUAUUCAAUAUCCACCCCUGAAUCUACUAUAGUUGACCUAAUUAUUUUACAUAUUACGUAAUUUCCGAUUUGUAAUCACAAUAUUCCCUCUCUCUGUAACCCCAUGUUGACCAUAUUUAUUCUGAUCAUGAUUUAUCUCACAAUUUCAUUUCGCUUAGAAACUGAUUCAAGUGAACACUACUUUAUAUUAGUCAGCUCCAACAUUAACGAUUUUAUUUUAUAUAAUAAACAACAAUUCCUGAUUCACAUAUUCACAAUUUCCAAAUGAUCAUGUACUCUGUGCCUUAAAUCUGGCCAAUUUUAUGGAUUAUUAAUCUGAAUUUAUAAUUUCACAGAUUAAAAUCAUGAGCCAGUUGAAGCUAGACCACCAUUGAAAACCUGGAUGCACUGGACGGCCGUUUCGUUCUAGUACGGGACUCUUCAGCAGUGCGCAUUCACGAACCCGCCCCCCCCCGACGGGAUUCGAACCCAGGACCUACUGGCUUCGCGCGCAAGCACUUAACCAUUGGACCACUGAGCCGGCUGGCAUCCAACGGUGUUAAUGCCUAACUUCAACCAAUCCAUGAAGUUGCGCCAUCGAAUACCAAUGUCUUCAGUGAGCUGAUAUCUCACAACAGACCUGGUUGAACUCCACUGGUGACGGCUUCUCACUAGAACUCCAGGAGGUUCUCCUGAAGUCAGUCACUAGUGAGCAGUUGAUUAUUAUCAGAAUGAGUUUUGUGGAGAUUUUAGUAAAUUUCACAGAUUGAAAUCAUGAGUCAGUUGAAGCUUAUAAUUGUAGAACCUGAUGAGAAAUUCAUUGAAAAGAAUAUUCUUCAUUCAUACAAUUGUGUUUUUAAUAUAUUAAUUCAUUGAGUAUCAGUUGAUCACAACUAUAGUGUGUGCUACUUAUGUCGACUAUAAGUAGUAUGUAAUGCCAUUCAGGAAUAGAAUGCCUAGUGGCAGAAGGUUAAGAAGAUCAAAGAAAAGAGAACGAGAAUAGAGAAUGAUUGAUGUAGAAACGAAGGGACAAUGAAAAUUUUGCAAAUGAAGUAUUAGAGUAUGAUUUCUCUAUUUUACCAAACAACUCUGUAAUUUUAUGCUGAAUUUAUCGACUGUCUUCACCCGUGUUGUCGUUCACUAAACAACAACAGAGUAAAUUAUGAAAAUGUGAAGUAAAAUGAACUGGAAUUCAUUACGAAUACAAUAACACCUUAAAACAUGUUUCUUUUAUAUUUAUUUCGGCGAGAUUAUAAUUUAUGAACGAACCAAUCAGGUGUUAGAUAGCAGGUCUCGAAUUUUGAAGCGAAACUCACUUAUCCAUUUAGGUAAAUAGAGUUUUAUCAGGAGGGGUUUUGUGGAGAUUUUAGAAAUUUCACUAGUUGAAACCAUGAGUCAAUUGAAGCUAGACCAUCAUGGAAAACCUGGAAGCACUGGACGGUCGUUUCGUCCUAGUAUGGAACUCCUCCGAAGUAUGCAUUUACGAUCCCGCCUCCCGCGAGACUGAUAGAUCCUGGGUUCGCAUCUCGCGGGCAGCGGGAUCAUGGAUGCGCACUUCUGAGGAGUUCCAUACUAGGACGAAACUAACGUCCAGUGCAUCUAGGUUUUCGAUGGUGGUCUAACUUCAAUUGACUCAUGAUUUCAAUUAUUGAAAUAGAAUUUUGGCUCUUGUAAAAACGCACAAUAGUACAAAUAUUGAUUCAUAGUGAAUUCACAUGAGAAACUUAUGGUAUAUUUUCAGUAUUGGGAUUUGUUCGACUAGUCAGGAUACUCAAGCGUAAGUCUCUAUUGAACGUACAAUCAUCAAAUUCAAUAGUUGGAAAGUUUUAAAUUUGAAUGUUUAGAUAUGGAUUGUUCAUUUUAACAUAAAUUAUUUUGUUUCAAGUAAUACUGUUGUCUUUUUGAUCAUUAUUUUGACUUAUAGCAAACUGGUUUGGCGGCACAGUGUCAUCAUCAACCUGGCAGACGAGCAUCAUUGAUUGAAUUGCAAUUAGUUCACAAAGAUGUGUACACAGUUUUAUUUGGCAGUAAUCCAGCAAGCAGAUGUCGGAUUGAUCCAACUCUUUUAGCCACAGUACGUUUAUGUAGGCUAGCCUGUGGCGGAGUUGGUGUAGAUUCUGAUACAGCUUGGCAUACUGCUGGACAUACAGCUCAUGCAGCGAGACUGGCAGCUGGUUGUGUUGUUGAUUUGGCAUGUCGUGUAAUGCUUGGUCAAUGUCCCAAUGGUUUUGCUUUAGUAAGACCACCCGGACACCAUGCAGAACCAGGUCAAGCUAUGGGAUUUUGUUAUUUCAACUCAGUGGCAAUUGCUGCUAAACGAGCUCAAUUCCUUGGUUCAACAGCACUAGAUACUGAAAGAAGCUCUGUAAUUUCUUCUUUAGCAACCACCUUGUUUGAUCAAUCAACUUUUCUCCCAUACACUAUGGAAUCCGCACUCAAACCACGAAUUUUAAUAGUAGACUGGGAUAUUCAUCAUGGAAACGGAACUCAAACAGUAUUUUACACAGAUCCAACUGUAUUGUACAUAUCACUUCACAGACAUGAUGAAGGGGGAUUUUUCCCCGGUACUGGAUCACCUGAAGAGAUAGGCUCUGGUCCUGGUGAGGGAUUUACUAUUAAUAUUGCUUGGCCAUCAGGAAUAGUUAUGUCUGAUGCCGAGUAUUUAGCAGCAUUUCGUUUGAUUAUUCUACCCGUCGCCUGUGAAUUUCAACCUAGUCUUGUUUUAAUUUCCGCUGGUUUCGACGCCGCUCCCGGUCAUUCAGCUAAUCUCGGUGGUUAUUCAGUAAGUCCAGCUGCUUUUGGUUGGAUGACACGUCUAUUAUCAAUUGAUCGUAUUGCUAAUUCCAAAGUAGUGUUAUCCCUAGAAGGUGGUUAUGAUAUGAACAGUCUUUGUGAUUGUACCGAAGCUUGUGUACGAGCAUUACUUAGAUCAGCAGCUGAAAUAAAUGAAAGAAAUUCAAUACCUAUCAAUGUUCCAGAUUUAAUUCCUUUAAAACAAUCCGAAUUAGAUCGAGUCCCACAUCCUUUAGCAAUACAAACUUUAUUAAAAGUUGCACAAUUACAUUCUGUCUAUUGGACAAGUUUUUCUAAUGAAAUCGAUACACAAUAUGCAUCUAUGCCAGCUAGUAGUUGGUUACCAACAAUAUUUGAUCAUUCAAUUGAAAUUAAAAAUAUGAAUUUAACAAAUGAGCAGAUUUCAGUAGUAUCUACAAAUGAUACAACAAUAAAUGUGAAUAAACGUUAUUUAAAAUCUUUCAUUAAACAAACACCAUUCACUAAUGAAUUGAAUGAAAUUACAUCUGGAAAUAAUACAGAACAUAAUAAUCGAUAUUUCAAUUUUGUUAUGCGACAAGCAUCAUCAAUGGAUGAAACAAAUGAAAGUGAAAUGAAAUCAAAUUCUAUCAUAAGAAGAAGAAGAAGAUCAACCACUGGUAUUACAGGAUCUAAUAUUAAUUCUAUAUCAUCAAUAGGAGAUACAAAUGAAACUAUAACACGUAUUGCAUUAACACGUUUAGCUGAAUUACAUGUCACUUCACAACCUGAAUAAUAAUGUAUAUAACAUACCGGUUAAUAGUUUAAUGUUAAGGUUGUGAUUGAACAUAGAAUACUACUACUACUACUACUACUACUACUACUACUACUACUACUACUACUACUACUACUACUACUACUACUAC